GUUUACUGUUCCCAUUCGUGCUUUUUACAUCCUAGUCAUUUCAGCACCUGAGUUCUAUCGAACUAGAAAGCGACAGACGCAAGAGCAGAUAUAUCUAUAGAUAGAGAUAGAAUUUCCCAACUAAGUACACAAAUGACAUUGGCCCAAACACCCAUGGCACAAUCAUCAGAUCCAGGCUGUUUCAGCGCUGAUCUAUUCGAAAACUUUAUCCGGUGUCAUAACGAGGAGAAGGAAAUAGCAAUUGCAAUUGAUGACAUAGUCUGCGUUGUUUCCGAAACCAUGGCUCUGUGGGAUGGCUAUAAGUUGUUGUUUCUCCAGAAAACAUUUGGAGAUGUCAGCACGGAGGGUUGCACAUCUUUAGAAAGUAUUCGGCUCAAUUCCUUGCCAACCACAUUGAGUUCUCGAUACCUGUGCACGGAACUCCCUCAUCACCUACACUCUCACCAAAGUGAGGUUCUUAUCGUCGUAUCCACAGCUUCGGGAACUGGGACAGCCAAGACUUUCUACGAGAAUAUCCUACAACCUUUCCUAUCGCAUCUUGGGUUAUGUGAUUGCGAAGUGCAUGAGACACGGUCCUCCCUGACUAUCAUCGAACUAUGCAAGUCGCAGAUUAUACCCCGCGCCGAGGCAGGCACCCAUCAAACCAUCAUCCUCAUCUCAGGAGAUGGAGGAUUAGUUGAUAUCAUUGACACCCUUUACAGUGCCCCGCGGCACUCGAUCACUCGACCCAAUAUUGUGCUGAUACCAGCAGGAACUGGAAAUGCCAUGGCUAGCUCUUUGGGACUCACGUCACAUCCAACAGCCGGGUUAAAAGAGCUGCUACAAGGCAAGCCGCGGCCUUUACCUACCUUCGUCGCCAAGUUCUCUCCAGGUGCGCACUAUGUCACCGAAGAGGGUCGUGCUCGGGUCCCUACGGGUGCCAGCCCCACAACCAGAUAUGAAGCUUUGAGGAUACAUGGUGCGGUUGUUGCAAGCUGGGGCAUACACGCCGCAUUAGUUGCCGAUAGUGACACUUUGGAGUAUCGCAGAUUCGGUGCAAACAGGUUCAAAAUGGCUGCGCAGGAACUUCUCUUCCCUCCGAGCGGUGCCGAGAGUCAUAGAUAUGCCGGUACAAUUAGUCUUACCAGGCGGGAUUGUCAAUCUAACGGCGAGUAUGUAGAGACCAUGGAGUCUAAAGAACACAUGUAUGUACUGGCAACGAUGGUUCAAAGUCUUGAAAGAGGGUUUGUGAUCUCACCUGAGUCUGUUCCACUGGACGGUUGCCUGAGAGUGGUCCACUUCGGCCCAGUACCUUCAGAGAAAGCUAUGCAAUUAAUGGCCUCGGCAUACCAGGGUGGUCAACAUGUACGUGAAGAAGGUGUCUUCUACUCGGAGAUCGAGGGGCUAAAGAUUAACUUUGAAGAGGCGGAUGAGAGAUGGAGACGAGUGUGCAUCGAUGGAAGAGUCGUCGUCGUCGAGACUGAUGGUUGGAUGGAGGUACACAAGGAGCCUGAAUGUCUAUUGAAUAUCGUGACGUCCAUCGGGUCUCAACACUGUUGACAGAAAGUAUUGUCAUCCAUGUUUUGUCGAGUAAUGUAUAUUGUGCUGCUGUCGGGCCUACGGCGGACCACCUUUUCAUGCCGUCCACUUUCCUGCCUUUUCCUCAUGAUACAACUAACGCUUGAAGUAUACAAUUUGGUUCCACGUGAAGCGAAAGUUACCUUAAAUAGAUAGAUAUGGUGCAGGUUACGGGC